GUGUAUAUCAAGUGGUCGAUUUCAUAGAAAUUUUACGAUGACAGCAUUUAUUUCUGCAAUAUAGAGAUUUCGUGGAAGAGCUAUACAGAGCAGCAGUGUCGAACAAGUCUAGGAAACUGAUUAUAUUCAAUGGAGAGCUUGACCGAAUAAGUUCUGGUUGUAUCCUUUCUUACCACAAAUUUUGAUAGUUCAAUCUGAUAUCAUUUUCUUUUCCCGGUAACAAAUAUAUUUAUCCUAGUACUUAUUGUGAUUAGAAGAUAACUCUUAUUGCAAUAACAACUAUUAUUAGAAGCUCACCAUACUUAUGCUCUCGAAUCUAUAUUUUUUUUCUUUACUAUGAGUCUAUGAUCAAAGAAUAAAAGUUUCUUAUUGACUUGCGUGUUUGCAUAUUGUGGUAAUGAGUGACCUGUGCAUCGCAAAUAGGAUGGACAUCAUAUUAUGUAUAUUGUCGCCUUUAAAGAAUUGCAAAAAAAAAAAAAAAAAGGUCUUCUCAACAAAUUAACAGUUGUUCCGUGUUAAGUUACUGUAUUUCAUGAUAUGUUUGACAAGAAUAAGAUUAUCUGUCUUUCUACUAUCCUAACCUGGCUGCACUUUUUCCAAGACUUUUUUCCUUAAGAUGGAGAUAGUAUAUUAUAUUCACAAGGGAAAGGGACAAAUAUAUCCCUCAACUUUGCGAUUUCUAGCUAAUAUACCCCACAACAGACAUCCAACUUUCAAAUUGCAAAGAUGAUAUUUAGAACCCACUUUUGUGUUCAGUCGACCUAGGAUUCUAAAGUCAGGUGACUGAAUAAAAGAGGGAUUGGGUUAUUUUCGGAUGGGUUGGGUCUGGAUCGGUAAAUAUUAAUGAGUUGGACUGAUAUUCCACUUGGAUAAAUGAUUUUUUUAAUUUAGUAAAUAUGAGUCUGUUAACGAAAAGGGAAAAUAUGCUCUAUUUGUUAGGAAGCAAGGGUAUAAGUGAACCACUUUUUUUAACAAUGGUAUCAGCUCUAAACCUCAAAGUUGAGGAAUAAAUUUGCCCCGAAAUGGAGGAGUCCAAGAAUCAGAGAAUCCCUUUUUUUCUUCUUUCUAACUCAAGCUUGGACUCCUAGCAGAAGUAAUAGGAGAUUCUAUAUCCUUUCUUUUAUCUAAAUAAGAACUAAGAUUAGAAUAAACGAUUAAAUUUUGAUAUGCUUAAGGAUUAUGAAAUAUUAGUUGAAAAAAUGCAUUGGAAACAAAAGCUCAUAUCCUACGAAAAGUUUAUCGAGGAGUUAAUACUUUCUAACGAAGGAUAAUAGUUCACAACCAAAAUAUGAAAAUUUCUAAUUGAAAAUUAUUGUAACCCAAAAUAAUUCGACAAUAAUAGUUGAUAAUGUGUUAAUUAACUAAAAUUGAUACUACCAUAAUUGUUGACACGACUACAAUAACUCAGGACAAUAUUUGUUGAAUAAAUCUUAGUUCUUAUUUAGAUGAAAGAAUAGAUAUAGAAUCUCCAAUUGCUUCUACAAGGAGUCCAAGCUAGAAUCAGAAUUCAUGUUUUUCUUCUUUCUAACUCUGGCUUGAACUCCUCAUUGAAGCAGUAGGAGAUUCUAUAUCCUUCCUUUUAUUUAAACAACUUUGAACUCCCCAUUUUUCAAUAAUACAUAUUCAUUGUUUACUCACCAACACUCACCAACUCCCUCCAAAUGUCUAACAUUCGUUAUAGUGAUCAAUUGAACAUAUGGCAGAAGCUUUCCUUCAAAUUCUGAUAGACAAUCUGAGUUCUUUCAUCCAAGGGGAACUUGGAUUGUUUUUUGGUUUUAAGGACGAGUUUGAAAAGCUUUCAAGCACGUUUUCUACAAUUCAAUCUGUGAUAGAAGAUGCCCAGGAAAAGCAACUAAAGGACAAGCCACUAUAUAUCAAAAUCUCUUUUCUAAGUACUUCUAAGCUUGAAUGUAACAACAUGCUUAUGUGGACAUUGCUUGGAACAUGUUCUGUUUUAACUGAACCAAAAGUUUAUGGAAGCGACAAAGGGAGGAAUGAGAUAGUGGAAAUCCUGUUAAACAAUGUUAAUGCUGCCCAAGAACUUUCAGUGCUCCCAAUACUUGGUAUGGGGGAACUUGGAAAAACAACACUUGCCCAAAUGGUCUAUAAUGAUCCGAGAGUGACUGAUCAUUUCUAG